UUGUCGGCAUUCGCUACGGGAAGUAUUGCGGGAUAGGAUACUUUGGAUGCCCUGGAGAGAAACCUUGCGAUGGUCUUGAUGCUUGUUGCAUGACCCAUGACAAUUGUGUUGAUUUAAAAGGUAUGACUUACGUCAACUGCCAUAAGCAAUUCCAGCAUUGCGUUGACAGACUAAGCAAGGCAAUCAAACAAUCUAAUGGCACAAAGGUCGGCUUCUCUACCAAAUGCCCUUACUCGAAGGUGAUACCAACAGUGCACAAUGGAAUGGAUUACGGCAUUUUCUUCAGUAGGAUAGGCAAUAUUUUUAAACCUCUGGCGCCAGGAAAGGCCCCCAGGGUGGAGGUGAAUCUUGCUCGGAGUAAAGCGGACACAAAGGAUGGCCUUGGAACAAAAGUUGCCCUUCAGAGAAAAGAAGGAUCUAAAGUCUCUGCCACUUUAAACCAAAACAUGAGCCCUUCUACUUAAGGACUCAUAACUCCCAGUUUCUAUAAUGUAUGCGAUUAUAUAGUUUUGAUUUAA